UGUCUGAGGCUGAGCAUGCUGCAGCAUCACAUGUUGAGGGGGGAUUCUGGGAUUGAUGAGGCUGAUCGCAUCUGAGGAGACGAUGCAUUGACAGUCCUCAGUGAGACACCGGGACGCGCGUGCACAUCGGCGAGUAAACGCGCACGCUAAAAAACACUCGCGUUGAAUUCCCACAGUGGAUAUGAUCCUCUCCUAGACUAUGGCACCGUCAGGUUCACGUAAUGUCAAACGGGGCUGCAAAAGAGUUUUCUACUGGAUCCCGGUCCUAUUCAUCGCACUCAUAGUGGCUUGGUCGUACUACGCCUUCGUUGUGCAGCUUUGUUUGGUUUCAAUUGAAGACACGUGGGAAAAGGUUGUCUAUUUAAUGGUGUACCACGUGAUCUUCAUCAUGUUUAUUUGGGCUUACUGGCAAACCAUCUUCACCAAGCCCAUGAACCCUUUGAGGGAGUUCUGCCUGUCCUAUUCGGACAAGGAGCUGCUGGAGCGUGAAGACCGGGGUGAGUCGCAGCAGGAGAUCCUGAGGAGAAUAGCUAAGGAGUUGCCAAUCUACACACGCACCAACUCUGGAGCCAUCCGUUUCUGUGACCGCUGCCAGCUGCUGAAGCCUGAUCGAUGUCACCAUUGUUCAGUUUGUGAUAAAUGUAUCUUAAAAAUGGAUCACCACUGUCCCUGGGUGAACAAUUGUGUGGGAUUCUCCAACUACAAGUCGUUCAUGCUGUUUUUGGCGUACUCCCUACUUUACUGCCUUUUUAUAACUGCGACAGACCUUCAAUACUUCAUUAAGUUUUGGAUGAAUGGCUUUCCAGACACUCAGGCCAAGUUCCACAUUCUCUUCCUCUUCUUCUCUGCCUCCAUGUUCUCAGUCAGCCUCGCUUCGCUUUUCGUCUAUCACUGCUGGCUUGUCUUCAAGAAUAGAUCCACCCUCGAGGCUGUUCGUGCGCCAGUGUUUCGUCAUGGCACAGACAAGAACGGAUUCAGUCUGGGCUCCAGUAAGAACUUCCGCCAAGUGUUUGGUGAUGAAGCCAAAUACUGGCCUUUUCCAAUUUUCUCCAGUUUAGGGGAUGGUUGCUCAUUCCCAACAUGCCUGGUGAAUAUUGACCCUGAGCAACAGUAUUCACCCGCCAACCACAACGUCGCACCAAAGGGUAAAACAGACAGUUGCCACUUCCCCUUCAAGCCAAUGAGGGAGAGUCAAAGUCGACUGCUCAGCAGUACCGCCUCUUGGACUGAAAGCGACAUUGCGGCAGAUGACAAGAAUGGCACAAAUAACCCGCUGAUGACUACAGAAAAUGAGGCGUAGGGACACGGAUCUCCUCUUGAGAAGUGUCCAUGCUGCUCCCUUUUCAGUGGGUUGUGUCGCGACGGUGACGUCGCCGGUGUCUACUGUAGUAUUUCCCUGACAUCCAAACAUGGAGCGUGAACUCGAAUGUCGGCGGCAUGUCCUGAUGCUGUCUGGAAGGUUGCGAACUUUCAAAGUCAAGUGUGAUCCUUCCCAAUUUGCAUUCCAGUGAUCUCAAUGUCUUUUUUUGAUAUAUGUGGGAAAAAAAGAGAUGUGGAAGGGCUGUGUAGUCGUGUAUCUUGUGCUGGUUAUUCAUUGAGUGGAAUAUGCCUAAGCUACAGUACAGUAUGCAUUUCUAAGCUUGCCAAAUGUUUGCACAUCAAAAGUAGAUUCUUAUGUUCAUUUGGUGAUGGCAGCAGGAGCGAGAACUUUUGCAUGCUUUCAUCUCAGGAUAUCAAGACAAAUGUAUCUUCGUGGUUAAGUGUACUACGGGAUGCAUGGAAACAACAACAUGACCUAGUAAAUAGGCAUGAAAGUAAAAAUAAGGGCUAUAUUCUGAUUUGUUGUAAUAUGGGCGGAAUAUGUGCCUGUAGUAGGGGAUUAUCGGGGUUUGUUGUCACGUUGCAAUUAUCUUCUCCACCAGAGGACGCAAGUAUAAAGUGGGAUACUUGUUUUCUUCCUAUAGUAGUAGUCGUGUCAUGUCCAAGAAGACAAUAGCAUGUUGUGAGCUGAGAUGAGCAGUAAUGUUAACCAUUUUGCACGACCCCACCCAAAAAAAAA